AUGGCUCAAGCGGUGGGACCUCAGCCAGUGGCUGCGCAACCGGGACAAGCUUUACAGUCUACAAUUGCUCUUAUUGAUACAUCGCUAAGUGAAAUCAGGGUGUUGAGAGAUGCUAUUGUACGUGGUCAUAGUAAAAUCAAUGCUGCUAUUAGCGGUGAAGUAGAGAUUUCUGAAGGUUACUGGAAAGGUUUGAUGGAGCGAAAUUUGGAAAACCAUGCUAAGAGCCUGCCAUCUACGUCUGUGUCUUUCCCACAGCUGGAGCGCUUAUCCCGUUUCUUGAAUGAAGCUCAUCUGGAUCGAAAUGUCAAAGAUCUUUACGAAGGAGCAUUAGAGGCUUCAACUUGGCUUGAAACGAGCACACAAUUUGUUCAUUAUUACGUCACCAUGUUCCGUCGUUCUGUUAGCUCUCAGCGGCGUUCAUUAAUUGUUGAGCGGCCGUUGACGUACACCAGUAACAUGUCAGGAAAGCCUCUGCAGCAGCUUUUCGAUCAAGUGUUUCCACAGGCAGUAGCAGAAUUUUCGAACAAAAAAUUUGUCCUUAAUUAUCGAUAUUUGGAGAAAAGCACUUUAAAUGCUGUUAUUGAGUUGAAGUAUGGCCGUUACGCCGAAAAAAUUUUUGCUUGUCAUCAGAAAAUGUUAAUUGUUGUAAAUAACGGUACCGUUGAAUCUUUAUUGAUUAUUGCACCACAUGAAGACUGGACGUACCUUGAUGAAGGACGAAAAACGGUGGAUAUCCUUAAAGAAAGUCGUUACGUAGUUUAUCAGAAACUUACAGUACAAGCACAUAUUCAUCUAAUGCAAACAAUUCAUAAUAUUAUGGAUAACCAACUACUGACGUCCAGAACUCUUUCUUAUGUUUUGACUCUGUUGUCAAAGUUUCACGAAACAAUUAAUCUCAAGUGCAAAGUUUGCAACCGCACUAUGAAGAAUUGUCUCUCCCCAACAAUAUUCGACAUAGUUCGUUCACCAAACCCACAAGCUUUACAUGAAUCUUGCCGGUGAUG